UUGAGCUUCGUGAGAUUCUCGCUCCGCAUGUUUCCGCACAGUUGCAGUCUGACUGUGUCCAUCGGCGGUUAAUUCGCGACGCGCAUUCACGCGCCGACACGCACUAUAUUCUCGCGGGUGCGAAUUCUUCCAAACUACGCUCAUGUUUUAGUGGCGAUUUUUCUGAGGUGCGGACACAGGUUUGUGACUUAUGAGAUGGUGAUGAAGCGGAAACAGCACAACCGGUACCUAGCCAUCGGUAUUGUGUACAUCGCCACUAUCAUCAGUCAGGCCAUGACAGAUGAUCCUAGAUUCGCAGAGCCCAUCCCCAACGUCACAGUGGCCUUAGGACGAGACGCCAGUUUACCGUGCGUUGUAGAAAAUCUCGGCACAUAUAAGGUCGCUUGGAUACACAUAGACCGACAAAUGAUUUUGACAAUUCACCGUCACGUCAUAUCCAGAGUGCCGCGAUUCAGCGUGUCCCACGAUAAUGCCAAGACGUGGCUUCUGCACGUCAGUAGCGUACAAAAAGAAGACCGGGGUUACUACAUGUGCCAAGUUAACACAAAUCCCAUGAUUAGCCAAGUAGGAUAUCUGCAAGUAGUGGUUCCUCCGAAUAUCAUUGAUGCAGAAAGCACGCAAUCCACGGUAGCCGUUCGUGAAAACCAGAAUAUAAGCUUGACGUGCAAGGCGGACGGUUUUCCCACGCCUAAAAUCAUGUGGAGAAGAGAGGAUAGUCAAGCUAUAUCCGUCGAACGUCGUAAGAAAGUGAACGUAUACGACGGGGAGCAAUUGAAUCUCACUCGUAUCAGCAGAACGGAAAUGGGCGCCUAUCUUUGCAUAGCUACGAAUGGAGUGCCGCCAUCUGUAAGCAAACGUAUCAUCGUGGACGUUGAAUUUUCUCCGAUGAUUUGGGUUCCAAAUCAGUUGGUUGGGGCACCAGCCGGCACGGAUGUCACAAUAGACUGCCAUACAGAGGCAUACCCAAGAGCCAUUAGCUAUUGGGUAUACGACAACGUCAUGCUCCUGCCUACGAAAAAGUAUGGGACCGAAACGACCGAAAACAGCUACAGGGCGCACAUGAAAUUGUCAGUGCGAAACCUCCAACCCGGAGACUUCGGUAACUAUCGAUGCAUCUCCAAGAAUUCUCUAGGGGAAACGGAAGGAUCCAUCCGAAUAUACGAAAUACCGAUGCCGUCAACUCCUCCUCGAGCAACCGAAAUGAAGAGCAAUUCCAACAAAGAAAACGUGGGGAAGCGCAACAUCAGCAGGCCUCUUAUUCAAGACGAAAGGCCCAAAGUAGUAAUGGUAUCCUCUUCGGACAAGGACGUCGUUCAGCCGGGUCCCGCUGUCGAAACCGGUUUGGGACUUUACACGCCACCAGGGCCGCAAGGAUCAGGAUGUGUCAGCAUGGCAAGGUGGGCAGUCCCUCAGUUUGCAGCUGUGAUUCUUCACUGUUUUUUGUCGGGCACGUUUUCUCUUUCUCAAAAUUAAUGUACCAUAUCAAAUAAUCCAGCUCAAAACAACAAAAAUACAAUUCCAUUUGCUCAGCUUUUUAGUAAAUUUUUCGUUUUAUAUCGACUCGACACCAUCAUCAGCAUUCCACAUUGCCAACAUAUCAGUAAUUGUAACAGUUAUUUCACGUCCUAAAUUCAAAGCGAAACAUAUUUUUUAUAAUAAAUUUACAAGUGUUAUGAUAUCUUACGAUGUCAUCACGGCUAAUCCUUACGCACGCACCUUUAGUCCUUCGGUUCUUGGCUACUUUCGUAUUUUUAGGUAAGCGAAGCAUGUCUACAACGAAAAUGCGUAACAUAUCAUGACACUCAGAUCCAACUCUAUAUUCUGUACGAUACCAAACGAUUAAUUAGAAGCUCUAAACUCACUUUCGCGCAUAACCGGAGAUUUUAGUAAACUCCUGUCUUCUUUAUUUUUAUUUGAUUUUUGUUUUAUUCAAGUCUACGAUGUAAGCGUCGGUGGAAAGUAUGAGCCGGAACUUGAGAUGAAAAUUAUUCUUUUACUAACUAUCUGGAUGUAUCUGUUCGUUUACUUGCACCCUUUCACGAGUACAAAAGAGGCUUAUGUGAGCGGAAUUAAAUAGCAAACUCGCUAAAUAAAUAGAAAACAAAUUCAAACGGUUAGUGCACGAAAAAGUGGGUUGGAAAUUCUAAAAAUCGUUAUUUACCUACAUUUAGCUCCAUUUAGCAGCCACUUGGUCAUGUACGUAUUUAGUUGAAUAAACUUUGAGUUGAAUACGACAAAUACCGUCAAAUAGUACAUAUCUACGCGCCUAAUGGCUAUUUUAUAAAAGAAAAAAGGUUCGCGUAAUGUGGAUGAACUAAAAGACAAUCUAAAUCCACGUAACAAAUUCAUUUAAAAAAAAGAAAAAAAGAUUGUUACUUGCUAAAAAAAUGUGCUGAUUUCAAAGUGUGUUAGCUCUUUAAAACCUAUAUAUUUGUACAUAAAUUAUAACAUAAAGCUUAUUGUAAAAUAUAUGUAUUUAGCGCCUAAGGAAAAAAAAAACUCUCAUUUUAUCUGCAGUAUUAUAAAUGUUUAUAACAAUAUUUAAAAAAUAAUGUUUUGCUUUCACCCUCAUUUCCAUCAAGUGUGAAAGUACCUACCUAUAAUUUUGUACAUAGAUAUGUAUAGCGUUAUUUUCUAAUUAAUCAAAAUUGAUUCGUUACGAAAUGCCACCUUACUUUAACGCGGGGGAUGCAAAAUGUCUAUUUUUUUCCAAAACUCGGUACAAUUUUGUUAUACCAAAAUAGCCAUUUUUCAACCCCACACCUCUUUUUAGUCAACUGUAAAUAACGAAAAAUUAUGUCAUAUGAUUACAUUUUACAAAGUCUCCCAAUACGACAAAAUUUUUCGUACUGUAUAAUUUCAAGUGCCAAAAUAAUUAAUAAUUUACGAUAUUUUUAAAAAUUUGAUACUACUCGAAAUUAUGUUUACAACACGAAACGCAUGACUUUAUGUCACCAAUACCCGCCAUUUGUAAACAGUAAUUUCAGCAAACAUUGUUUAAAUUAUUUAUAAGUCAACUGAAUGGAGAAAAUUAAUGUCAACGAAUAUGUACUGAAAUGUUUAGUUAACUGUAAAUAUUUUCAGAUGUGUGUUUUCGUUCGAUUUAUUUACAAGUGAAAUGUUAUUGUUUCUUAUAUUGUCUAAUAAGGUAAUAUAAAUAAGUUAACAA